CUUCGUCGGCGGCUUCCAGCCUUGUGCAGAAACAAAACCCAGCCUUGUGCAGAAACAAAACCAAAAAGCAAGCCCUUCGUUUGUGCAGAAGCAAAAUGCAGAUGUAGAUGCUAAAACGAAAUAGAGCAGGCGAAGUCACCGUCGGCAGGCAAAGUCACCGUCGGCCAACUGCCCUCCCGAUCCCAGCCGUCGGUGACUCCACAACUACCUCCCCGAUCUCAGCCCUUCGCCGCUCACCUCUUUCUUCCAUCAACAGAACAGAUCUGCCUCUCCUCCACCAGUCAUCGUCCUCUCCGCCAGUAUCGUCCUCUCCGCUCACCUCUUUAAAAAAGCUGUUUACCUUUUUUAAAUCAACCGGUUGAAUCGGUCGGGUGAACCGGUUCAACCGGUUCAACCGGACCCGGUGGCCAAAACGGGCCAACCACCGGGCCGGGUCCAAAAACAAUGACUAGAGGUUUCAAAGAUAAAUUAGGUGAAGGAGGUUAUGGUUUGGUUUUCAAAGGAAAGCUUCGAAGUGGCAAUUUAGUGGCAGUGAAAUUAUUGAGCAAAUCAAAAGCAAAUGGCCAAGAUUUCAUCAAUGAAGUUGCUACCAUUGGAAGGGUUCAUCAUGUUAAUGUGGUGCGACUGAUCGGAUUUUGCGUGGAGGGACCUAAACGAGCUCUUGUAUAUGAUUUCAUGCCAAAUGGAUCCUUGGAUAAAAUCAUAUUUUCUGGUGAAGACAACACAUCUUUAACUUGUCAAAGAAUGUUUGAGAUUGCUCUUGGAGUGGCUAGGGGGAUUGAAUACUUACAUCGAGGAUGUGAAAUGCAGAUUCUACAUUUUGAUAUCAAGCCACACAACAUCCUUUUGGAUGAGAACUUCAAUCCAAAAGUUUCAGAUUUUGGCCUUGCAAAAUUGUAUCCAACUGAUGACAGUAUUGUAUCUCUUACUGCCGCAAGAGGUACUCUAGGAUACAUGGCUCCAGAAUUAUUCUACAAGAAUAUUGGAGGCGUCUCAUACAAAGCUGAUGUCUAUAGCUUUGGAAUGUUGUUGAUGGAAAUGGUGGGAAGGAGAAGGAACUUAAAUGCAUUUGCUGAUCAUACAAGUCAGAUAUACUUCCCAAAAUGGAUUUCUGAACGUUUUGAUCAAGGAGAGGAUAUAGAGUUGGGAGAUGUUACUGAUGUUGAAAAGAAUGUUCUGAUGAAGAUGGCCAUAGUUGCCUUGUGGUGCAUACAAAUGAAACCUGCCAUUCGUCCUUCCAUGACCAAAGUCUUGGAGAUGCUUGAAAGUGAAAUUGAUCUCCUUGAAAUGCCUCCCAAGCUUACUUUUGCUCCUUUCGAAUCGCAAGCUCCAAAUCAUGGCGGUGUAAGUCUAGCAACCGCGCCAACCAUAUCGCUUGAUGCUAGAUCAUAAUGCUCUACUCCAAAUGCAUUUCUAGGUAAAUGCGCAUUCACAGCUAGUGGCAUUGAAUUUUGUGUCAUAAUCCUAGAUUGUUGCUUUGGUAGAUUACCUACUCAAUUUUCUUCCUGUAAAAUAUAUCAAAUUCCUCGUG